GCGAUUCGACAACCCUGCACUCUUCCCUUCGCCUCCCCGCCAAACCUACCACCUGCCCCACCAACUUCAACCUCAACCUCAACCUCAACCACACCUCAACCUCAACCACACCUCACGCUCAACCGCGCCUACCAACCACCAACCAACCAGCAACGACGCACGCAACUCCCCACGCCAACCCCACCAAGCCUUCAAAAUGGGUGUCGCCGAAAGAAUCAAAGAGAUCGAAGAUGAGAUGAAGCGGACGCAGAAAAACAAGGCGACCGAGUACCACUUGGGGCUGCUGAAGGGCAAGCUUGCGCGGCUGCGCGCAGAGCUGCUGGAGCCCGGUCCCGGCGAGAAGUCCGGCGGCGCCGGAACGGGGUUCGACGUGUCCAAAUCCGGAGAUGCCCGGAUAGCCCUUGUGGGGUUCCCCUCUGUCGGAAAAUCCACGCUGCUGUCGAAGAUCACCAAGACCAAGGCGGCAGUGGCGGCAUAUGCGUUCACGACGCUCACGGCGAUCCCGGGAGUGAUGGAGUACGGCGGGGCAGAGAUUCAGAUUCUCGAUUUGCCGGGGAUCAUUGAGGGCGCGGCGGAGGGCAAGGGACGAGGGCGGCAGGUCAUCUCCGCCGCGAAGACGAGUGAUCUCAUCAUGAUGGUGCUCGAUGCGACAAAAAAGGCGGAGCAGAGGGCGCUGCUGGAGAAGGAGCUCGAGGCAGUCGGCAUUAGACUCAACAGGAAGCCGCCGAAUAUUUACCUCAAGGUCAAGAAGGCCGGUGGUAUGAAGAUCAAUUUUAUGUCCCCACCGAAAUACCUGGACGAGAAGAUGAUCUCGCACAUCUGCCGCGACUACAAAAUGCUCAACUGCGAAGUGCUAGUCCGCGACGAGAACUGCACUGUCGACGAUCUGAUCGACGUGAUUCUCGCGCCGCACCGGAAGUACAUCAAAUGCCUAUACGUGUACAACAAGAUCGACUGCAUUUCUCUGCCGUACCUGGACACGCUCGCGCGAGAGCCGCAGACUGUCGUCAUGUCGUGCGAGCUCGACCUGGGAAUCACCGAUGUCGUCGACCGCGCCUGGGAGGAACUCAACUUGAUCCGGAUAUACACCAAGCGGAAGGGCAUCGCCCCGGACUUCUCGGAGGCCCUCAUCGUCAGACAGAACUCGACAAUCGAGGACGUCUGUAACCAAAUCCAUCGCAGUCUGAAGGAGAAGUUUAAGUAUGCCCUCGUGUGGGGCGCCAGUGCGAGACAUGUGCCCCAGAGAGUCGGCCUGAAUCAUUAUGUGUGCGAUGAGGAUGUGGUCAGUAUCGUUUCGAAGUAGUUACCCACAGUAGCAAAAGACGGGGGGAAAUUGACACAGUAUGUAUUAAUGAAGUAUUUGGCCUGGCCCCGUGCCAGCAUGGUGAUCUACCUAUGUACCAACCACUCUUGCAAGCUUAAAUGCUUAGAAUUAGCAUACAGACUGCGGUG